AUGGAGGAAGCAAUUUUGAAACGCCAUCCUCCCACGGCGACCCACCAACAAAAUCAAAGCAACGUUCCCAUUGACGGAAUCUUUACCACUUCAGGUGUUCCGGUUCUGGCUGGUGGCUACUACCCAUUUGGUGAAUUUGUUGAAUCAGACCACAGGGCACUAUGGAUCGAUAUCGACUUGAACACGGCUUUGGGCAAUUUCACACCCCAGGGGUCUACCUUUAAACCUCGGAAGCUCACCCUUUUGGAUAAGCGGUCGGUCAAACGCUAUCUUCAACUGGUUCACUUGGGAUACGAGGAGUAUGACAUCCCGUCCCGUCUCACCAAGCUCAAUCAGCGCAUUGAAUCUAAUGGACAACAGAUGUCACCCUCGCUGGCACGCAAAUAUAACUGCCUUCACCGGCAGAUGUAUAUGAUACGGCGGCAGGCUGAAGACAAUUGUCGCACUACCUCCUCUGGCAAGGUUCCUUGGUCUCCCAAAUUGCAGGGCUUCUGGGAUCGGUUGAGUCUCUGGAAGCUACUCCUUAAAGGACGCAAGCGAUGUCGUGUGAGCUCCCGAAAGGUCCGGCGCCUGAUGAAGAAGACAAGGCUGUGCACCGCGUGGAAGAAGACGACUGCUGAACUGGAAGUGGCAUUGGCAGCUGAACAAAGGGCAUACAAGCAAGCCAAACGUCAGGCAACCCAAUUGAGACGGGACUUUCUUACGGUUCAGACAACGGAUGCAAAGAAGAAGAAAUGGAAAUCUCAGAAGGCCCACGAUAGAUUCCUUCGGUUACGACGAAUGAAACAACGAGAGGAGGCGAGACGCCGUCGUCGCGCCCAACAAAAAGGAUCUACAGGGGGUUUACGGGCUAUUCAGAUGGAAGAACAAUUACCAGAUGGCACUCCGCAGCUGCGUACUAUCACCGACCGUGCUCUGGUUGAAGAAGGUUGUAUGCAAGAAAACGCGGCACGGUACGACCAGACGCGUGCUCCAUAUACCACUCCACCUAUGGCGGAACCCUUGUAUACAGCAUUCACCGGCGCUCAGGCUGAAGCCAAUUCCAUUGCACUAUUGGAAGGCCGCUACUCCCUGCCCGACCUUCUCGACCCCGCCACUACGGCCUUCCUUUCACAUUGCCGUUUUCACAAGGAUCACUUACCUGUGCACCUUGAGGUGACUACCUCUGAUCAUGUGUACUUCUGGUCCUGA